GAGCUGGAAAAGGUUUCCUGUCAAUCUUCAGUGUGUGUGACUGAUGGGAACUCCACAGAAUGUCAGGAUUCAGUGUGGAGCGGCAGAGAUCAGUCCACACCACAGCGACUGCUGGACAAACUCUCUGAACAGAGAUCCAGAGACACACAGGACUCACAGCUCACUUUACUCUGUUCUACUGAUGGUAAUCAGGGUGAUCAAACCUCCACAGAGUCUCUGACUUCUGUCUGUAAUGCUGGAGAACAGCAGAUGCUGCAGACACCAGUGAAGAUUUAAGUGAAACAGGAGGAGAUAAAAGAAGAGGAACAACAGAGUAAUGAUAAUGAUGAUGAUCAAACCUCCACAGAGUCUCUGGCUUCUGUCUGUAAUGCUGGAGAACAGCAGAUGCUGCAGAUACCAGUGAAGAUGUGUUCAGUGAAGCUGCUGGACUGCAGGAACCUGAUGAAGAUGGGAGGAGAAAUCAAAGUAGAGGAACAACAGAGUAAUGAAGAUGAGGAUGAUGAUGAUCAAACCUUCACAGAGUCUCUGGCUUCUGUCAGUAACGCUGGAGAACAGCAGAUGCUGCAGACACCUGUGAAGAUCGAAGUGAAGCUGGAGGAGAUAAAAGAAGAAAACACAAUAGAGGAACAACAGGGAGAUGAAGAUGAUUAUAUUUCUUCAGAGCUGAUGGAAGUGAAAGAGAAAUGUCAAGAACUGAAUAAAGUGGAGGAGAAACUUCAGUGUCAGAAACAUCAUGAUUUCACAACUGGAGAAAAAUCUUUGAGUUGCUCAAAGACUAAGAAUGAUUUAACACCAGAAAAGCAUAAAAGAAGAGCAGGCAAUAAUACUUUCACCUGCUCACAGUGUGGAAAGAUUUUCACAAAUAAAAGCCGGCUUAAUAAACACAUGAAAGUUCAUACUGGAGAGAAACCUUACACAUGCCAUCAGUGUGUGAAAAGUUUCGCAAACACAGUUUGUCUCAAAGGUCAUCUCCGCUGUCACUCUGGAGAAAGACCAUUUGAAUGUGAUAAGUGUGGUAAAACAUUUGUUUUGAAUUCAAGCCUAAGAAAACAUCUGAAAACUCACACAGAUGAGAAUACCGGUGUGGGGGUUCAUAUGUGCUUUGAAUGUGGGAAGACCUUUACUACAGCCAGCCUCUUGAAAAAGCACCAAAGAAUUCAUGCUGGAGAAAAACCUUACAAGUGCUCACACUGUGGAAAGAGUUUCACUUGGUCACAACACCUGAAAAAACAUGAGACAAUCCAUACUGGAGAGAAACCUUACAAGUGCUCACACUGUAAAAAGAGUUUCACUCGGUCAGAACACCUAAAAAAACAUGAGAGAAUUCAUACUGGAGAAAAACCUUACAAGUGCUCACACUGUGAAAAGAGUUUCAAUCUGUCAGAAAACCUGAAAAAACAUGAGAGAAUUCAUACUGGAGAGAAACCUUACAAGUGCUCUCACUGUGAAAUGAGUUUCACUCACACACAAAACCUGAAAAAACAUGAGAGAAUUCAUACUGGAGAAAAACCUUACAAGUGCUCACACUGUGAAAUGAGUUUCACUCACACACAAAACCUGAACACACAUGAGAGAAUUCAUACUGGAGAAAAACCUUACAAGUGUUCACACUGUGAAAAGAGUUUCACUCAGUCACAAGACCUGAAAAAACAUGAGAGAAUCCAUACUGGAGAAAAACUUUGCAAGUGCUCACACUGUGGAAAGAGUUUCACUCAUUCACAAGACCUGGAAACAGACAAGAGAAUCCAUACUGGAGAAAAAUCAAACAACUGCUCUUCAUGUUAUCUUUUUAAGUUUGAUGAAUGUCAGUCCAUUAUAAUGAUGAUUUGUGUUCAUAUGUUCAUCAUGAGAGAGCAGGUGAAUGUGAUCUGCUGUAAAUCAGUAGGAACUGAUCUGUCCAUGCUGGAUAUUGAUGAUUUCAUCACAGAAAUCUCUCAGCUGAAGAAAGAGGUGACGUCACUGAAGACAAAGCUGAUGGAGAGAGAGGACAGGUUACAGGAGCUGGAAAAGGUUUCCUGUAAAUCUUCAGUGUGUGUGACUGAUGGGACCUCCACAGAAUGUCAGGAUUCAGUGUGGAGCGGCAGAGAUCAGUCCACACCACAGCGACUGCUGGACAAACUCUCUGAACAGAGAUCCAGAGACACACAGGACUCACAGCUCACUUUACUCUGUUCUACUGAUGGUAAUCAGGGUGAUCAAACCUCCACAGAGUUUCUGGCUUCUGUCUGUAACACUGGAGAACAGCAGAUGCUGCAGACACCAGUGAAGAUGUGUUCAGUGAAACUGCUGGACUGCAGGAACCUGAUGAAGAUGAGAAGAGAAAUCAAAGUAGAGGAACAGCAGUGUAAUGAAGAUGAGGAUGAUGAUGAUCAAACCUUCACAGGGUCUCUGGCUUCUGUCAGUAAUGCUGGGGAACAGCAGAUGCUGCAGAUACCAGUGAAGAUCGAAGUGAAGCAGGAGGAGAUAAAAGAAGAAAACACAGCAGAGGAACAACAGGGAUAUGAAGAUGAUUAUAUUUCUUCAGAGCUGAUGGAAGUGAAAGAGCAAUGUCAAGAACUGAAUGAAGUGGAGGACAAACUUCAGUGUCAGAAACAUCAUGAUUUUAUAACUGGAGAAAAAUCUUUGAGUUGCUCAAAGAAUAAGAAGAAUUUAUCACUAGAAAAGCAUAAAAGAAGAGCAGCCAAUAAUACUGUCACCUGCUCACAGUGUGGAAAAUUUUUCACAAAUAAAAGCCAGCUUAAUAAACACAUGAAAGUUCAUACUGGAGAGAAACCUUACACGUGCCAUCAGUGUGGGAAAAGUUUCGCAAAUACAGUUUGUCUCAAAGGUCAUCUCCGCUGUCACUCUGGAGAAAGACCAUUUGAAUGUGAUAAGUGUGGUAAAACAUUUGUUUUGAAUUCAAGCCUAAGAAAACAUCUGAAAACUCACACAGAUGAGAAUACCGGUGUGGGGGUUCAUAUGUGCUUUGAAUGUGGGAAGACCUUUACUACAGCCAGCCUCUUGAAACAGCACCAAAGAAUCCAUACUAGAGAAACACCUUACAAGUGCACACACUGUGAAAAGAGUUUCACUAAGUCACAAGACCUGAAAUCACACAAGAGAAUUCAUACUGGAGAAAGACCUUACAAGUGCUCACACUGUGAAAAGAGUUUCACCCGGUCAGAACACCUGAAAAAACACGAGAGAAUUCAUACUGGAGAAAAACCUUACAAGUGCUCACACUGUGAAAAGAGUUUCACCCGGUCAGAACACCUGAAAAAACACGAGAGAAUUCAUACUGGAGAAAAACCUUACAAGUGCUCACACUGUGAAAAGAGUUUCACCUGGUCAGAACACCUGAAAAAACACGAGAGAAUCCAUACUGGAGAAAAACCUUACAAGUGCUCACACUGUGAAAAGAGCUUCACUCGGUCAGAACACCUGAAAAAACAUGAGAGAAUCCAUACCGGAGAAAAACCAUACAAGUGCUCACACUGUGAAAAGAGUUUCAGUCACUCACAUAAUCUGAAAACACAUGAGAGAAUCCAUGCUGGAGAAAAACCAUACAAGUGCUCACACUGUGAAAAGAGUUUCAGUCACUCACAUAACCUGAAAACACAUGAGAGAAUUCAUGCUGGAGAAAAACCAUACAAGUGCUCACACUGUGAAAAGAGUUUCACUCAGUCACAAGACCUGAAAAAACAUGAGAGAAUCCAUACUGGAGAAAAACCUUACAAGUGCUCAUACUGUGAAAAGAGUUUCACUCACUCACAUCACCUGAAAACACAUGAGAGAAUCCAUACUGGAGAAAAACCUUACAAGUGCUCACACUGUGAAAAGAGUUUCCCUCUGUCACAAAACCUGAAAAAACACGAGAGAAUCCAUAUUGGAGAAAAACCUUAAAAGUGCUCACGCUGUUUUCCGCCAACUAUGACACAAGCCAGGAUCAGUCUGAUUCUUAAAAAGGACAAAGAUCCAAGCGAGUGUAAGAGUUACCGUCCAAUUUCCCUGAUCCAGCUAGAUGUAAAAAUAUUGUCAAAAAUUUGAGUAAAGAUAACGUUAUGACACUCUUAUACAUAUAGAUCAGGUGGGGUUUAUUCGGGGCCGCAGCUCUUCUGAUAAUAUUAGGCGUCUCAUUAAUAUCAUGUGGUCAGUGGCAAAUGAUCAGACUCUGGUCGCUGCCAUCUCACUUGAUGCCGAAAAGGCGUUUGAUAUGGUAGAAUGGGAUUAUCUUUUUAAGAUUUUGGAAAUGUAUGGGUUCGGAAAUACUUUUAUUGGAUGGAUGAACUUACUGUAUAGACACCCGGUAGCGGUGGUACAAACCAAUGGAUUAACCCGACAGGGUUGCCCUCUUUCCCCAUUAUUGUUCUGUCUUGCCCUGGAACCAUUAGCAGCCACAGUAAGAAAGGAGGAUGAUUUUCCAGGGGUGGUUGCGGGAGGUGUGGCGCAUAAGCUUCUGCUUUAUGCAGGUGAUAUUUUAUUAUUUGUCUCUGAACCUACUAGAUCUAUGCCUUGCCUCCACAGAAUUCUUAAUUCCUUUUCCAAGUUCUUAGGAUACAAAGUAAAUUGGUCUCAUUUCUUUUACCCCAGUCAUAUAAAUGCUCAAGUUAUCACUUUCCUUUGUCCUUUUAGCUAAUAGUCUGUUAAAAAGCCACUAAAAGUUUCUACAUGGUAGUUCCCCAUGAAAUGUAUAAACAUCUCAAGUUGUUUAUAAUGUACCAGUGUUAUAGCACAGCAAUGUACGUAUUAAUUUGUUUAGUGUGUUAAAAUGAAACUAUUAUUUUACACAUUUCUGCAUAUUAUUUUAAUGUUUAAUAAAGUGUAUUUCA